CACUGGGCCAGGUUGCAUCGAUCCUCCCGGGUAAGUCGGGCAGGUAGUAUGGCUGGCCAAGCGGCCAGUACGCCGUUAUCUCGGAGUCCCGACCUGGUCGUGAAACCUCCGCUUCAGGGUCGAGCUGGAGUCAUGCUCGGCCGAUCGCUGGAAGAAUGAAGGUACCGGUAGAUCCUUGCAGCCGACAACCGACCCCCUUGUACGAACGUCCUCGGGUGUCCAGUAGUCAAAGGAUGGAGAAGGGUAAGAGAAUCAACUUUGCGAAGAACGAGCAAGCCGCUACCGAAGAAAUCUCAGAAUCUUCGAGCCAAAGUGACACCUUGGAAAAUUUUCUCGAGUUUCUGGAAAGCAUACCGGACUACGGGCAAGUACACCACUUGUCGAAUGAGCAAUUCAAACAGAAGGUCGAGUACUUGAGGAGGAAGCAGCGAUUGCUCCUGCGAAACCUAAAGGACUCGUACGAAGACGUCGUAAUUGUAGAAAAUCCGCCGUCGCGAUUGUCGAUCUCGAGAAACGACAGUUCGAGGUCGAAGGACAAGCCGGAUAUCGGUGAUCUCCAGUUGAACGGCAAGAAGUGCUAUCUGGAAGAGUCCAGGACCAACAGCCCGAUAUUGUUUCCUUCCGGCACCUUCGCUGGUCUCGCCGAGGAUCAAGAUCUGCUGACGUACAAAUGCAGGGACAAAGACAAGGAGACGAAGGCGUUACGCAACAAAGAGAUACAUUCGGCCAGCAAGAGUUGGAGCACUUGGAGCGAGUCGAAGAGCAACGACAGUUUAAACAGCGACGGCGAGGAUAGUAUAGAGACGAAGAGCUUGCCACCUAACAGCUCGAAAGAAUGGCAUCCCACGGUACCGAAGCCGUUCAGUUUCACACUAAGAGAAGAGGCGGAAAAAUAUAUGACGGAAGUUGAGACGGCCACGCGUGCGAAUCAAGAUACCAGGAAAAGGAGUCCUUCGAAGAAACGACGAGUCAGACCGAUUCCUAUCACGUCCAAGAUACCGCUCUACGACAAGCUAAUAGCCGAAAAAGAAGAAAGAAGUCGCAUCGUGCGCGAGGAGAGCGCGCUGAACCUGUUGUCUCAAGUGCGACCCUUCAAGCUGGAGUGCGACCGCCGUGCUUGGCGAUCCUUGGCGAGGUCCAGCCCCGAGCUCGGCGGCAAAUGCAGUCGCGCAAGCUCGCGCUUCAAGGCCAAGCCGGUACCGAAAAACCUGUUUGGCACUGAAAUAUACGAUCGAAUGCUCGAGGACGAAUAUUACAGGCAGCUCAGAAAAAGGGUGAGGGCUGCCGAGCUGUUGAAGUCGUCCUCCUUGCCGCCGUCGAUGGCGAGGCGCGAGCGAGUCAAGUCCGCGUGUGCGCAUUUGCAGGACACAUCGAAGAAGGACGACGACGACGACGACGAGUUCGCCGCAGACAACAGCGAGUACUCGCGGCUCAUCGACACCCCCGCGAUCUCCGAUAGGGCAAGGUCCGCGAUGACAAUGUUGUCCUCGCACGGAAACAACCUGGCCGCGGUCCUGAGAUGUCAGGCCUCACGAGAGAAAUUGGAACGGGAGAUACGGGAGCGAAUGGAGGAGAAGCGGCGGGAACAGAUGCUGAAGAUCAAGGAGACGUUGAUCGGUCGUAAGCCCGCGUGGAGGGCCUUGAGAUCGGCCACGAGGCAUGAACACGAGAGGGACCUGGACAUACGGACGUCUCUUCGUCGCGAUGAGGCGCGAGAGCAGGCCGAACGCCAUCGUCUUCAGAUGGAAAUGAUGCUGGACCGCGUGACGCAAAUACCUACCCUCUUCGAACGACAUUCCCAGAGCUUCCAGUCGCUCGCGGAGUUACAGCCGAAAGCUUCCCCGAAGAACAUCCAUCGGAGGAAGAAAAAGAAGAAGCCGAAGAGAGCCACGUCGAGUAGCCUGGACUCGUAUUUGAGCUUCGUGAGUAAUUCUAGACCGAAUUCUGGAUCGUUGACCAGCUCUUCCGGGACUCUGAUGUCCUCAAGCCAGUCGUCGAAGUCGUCGUCCGCAUCACGAAGCUCCGACAAAUCAGCGGCCAAGUCUGAAACCUCGAAGAAGAAGGCGGAUCGAGGUCCGCUGAAAGUGUCGAUCAACGAGACGGCGGAACUGAUCGAAGAUCUUAGCGAUGAGAAGUCGUUCAGUGACGAGAGAUCUCGCAAUGACGAACGUGAGGACGUGUCACAGAGUGACGACAACGACAUCGCCGGAGAGUGAAUUGUUUUCUUUUCAUUUACUCCGACAUUACGUCGAAUUUCUUUAGCCGAACGCGCAGGUAAUCGUUCCUUGAUCAACAUUCAAUUUGGAUGCUGUCUUUUUUCACAAACUUUUAAUACUUUUAUAAUCUAAUAACUUAAAAUUAAUAUGAAAAAAUUCUAGCAGAAUAAAAAUACACCUGAUAUUAAUUUCUAAAGAAGGAAAACGUUGAAAUCUCGUAUUAUCAGUGAGUGACAAAAGUGCUUUUCAUGAAACUUGAGAAUGAACAAUACCUUUUUUUUUUACGAAAAAUCGAUGUAUUAUAAUGAAGCGUACAAAUAUGAUAUGAUAUACAUAAGUCGUAAUCCAUACAUCGAAUUAGCACCGGAAUAAAAUAUCUAUCGCACUCUAACAAACAGAGGACGCAUUUUCUCUUUUCCGUCUUCUCUACGACAAAAUAUGUUUAUCACACAUACACUAGAUAAAAUGAAAUCAUUCAAAUUAAGCUAAUCGCAAUCGGAUCAAACCGCGGGAUUGCCGUCUAAUGAAAUAAGAUUAGAUGAGACACUGGCGGAAGAACAUUUCAGUCUGAAAACGGAGAACAAGAAAUAAUUAGGCACAAAACAAAAUUUCUCCCGUUGAACGUAGAGAGCUCACAAACCAUUUUUCUAGACAUUGAAUCGUUCAGUCAAGCAUUGAAGCUCUCGCGGAAUCUGCCGAGAUCAAUAUUGCCUAUCGAUUCUAUUAAACUCCACGUAGAUCCGAGUCUUUAUUGCAACUCGCAGUCGUCAAGAGAUACAACGGAACUAUCGUCCUUUCUCUCACGAGUCGCUACGUCGCCA